AUGAAAACAAUAUUUAAUUCAAUUCUAUUAAUAGUAAUAGUAUUGGUGAUUGGCAGUAUAAGAUUGUCAAAUGGUGAGCCACCUCCAUCCCCUCCAUGCAAACUGUACAAUGCGGGUGCUAAAUGUCAACUGGCUGGACAACCGUGUGAAAACGAAGGAUGUAUCUAUGGCACUCACUGUUUCAAUGGCACAUGUGUCAAAAACACAGAGUUGAAUGGAAAGUGCAACGCGACAUUAAAAGACAAAGAAGGAAACUCUCUAGAAUGUGGAUCAUUAUUUGGAUGUGCAAAUCAAAAAUGUACAAUAGAACAGUAUCUAGAAAAUGGUGAUGCAUGUACAGAUUCAUAUCAGUGUUUGGGCACUUUGGAAUGUACUGGUGGAAAGUGUACACUCAAGAAUAACACGUGCAAGGAUAGCAAUGACUGCCCCUACGACCAUUAUUGCAAUGAGAAGAAUCAUUCGUGUACUCCAGAGUUGGCCCUUGGAGACAAUUGUACUCAGAAAAGUCAGGUCCGUGAAUGUCGACUGGGAUCAAGAUGUUUGAACGGUAAAUGUGUGGCAUAUUUUAGUCUCAAAGAAGGCGACCCAUGUUUAUGGACCGAAGGAAUCACAAUAUUUGAUUUGUGUGAUAUCGAGUUGGGACUGUACUGCGAUGGGAAUGGCACCAAAAAAUGCGAAAAGAUACCGUCAUCUGCGACCAAUGAAUCCGUAAACUGUAUUGGAUUAGGAUGCAAUCCCUUUGAAAAGUGUUAUUGCGUCAAUGGGUCGUCCACUACAAAGGGCACUUGCCAUCCAUUCACAGUAGUCUCUCUUGAAGACAGGACAAAGUUAUCUUUGGUAUAA